AUGGAUUCUUUCUCGGUAUCCGCAGAUUGUGGAACGAUAUCAACGGCAGACUGUGGGACUGCAUCGGGAGGUGAUCACGGAACGACAUCUGGACACUGCGGAGCCGUCUCGGGAGACGAUACUGCAGGUGACUGUGGUGCCAGUUCGGGGCAAGAUCACUCAAUAGAACGUGACUUCACGUAUACUGACUUUGCCCCCGGACCACAAGCGGCCGCUGCAGGCUCUUCAAGUCCUCCGGGUCCUCAAGCACUGCCAGAUACUCGCUCACCAGAGGAGAUUCAGGCGCAAGAGCAGCAAGCAGAAGCCAGAGCGCAGAAGAAGAGAGAAAGGAAAGAAAAAGCAAGAAAGGUGUUCAACAGCGUCAAAGCUGUGGCAGAAAACAUUGUCAAGGGCAAGUUCUGA